GACUACAUUGUAUUCUCAGUUGAGAGCUCCACAUUAACGACAAUCUCUAGCUUUUCUCAUUCAUUUUUUGCUCUCUUGAUGUCAGCAGAGCUUCUUUAAUCUUGAUCAGCGCAGAUUGUAGUGCUUUGGGGGAGCUCCUAACAAUGGCAUCCUUCCUUUUCUCGUCCAAAGCUCUACCUUUUCUUCUCUUCCUCUUCUUCUCUUGUACCCAAAUCCUAGCUCAAUCGCCCGGUAAAGGGGCGAAUUUCUCUUGUUUCUCGGACUCGAUGCAAUCGUGCGACACAUACGUCGCAUACUUUGCCCAGCCGCCGGAUUUCAUGGACGUGGGGAACAUCUCGGACCUUUUCGGCGUGAGCCGUCUAUCGAUCAUCCAAGCGAGUAACCUCACGUCGGAGGAUGAUGUGUUGGUCGAAGGACAGCUCUUGCUAGUACCGAUCAAGUGCGGCUGCAACGGGACUAGCUAUUUCUCCAACGUCACGUACGAAAUCAAGAAAGGCGACAGCUACUACUUGGUUUCGAUCCACGCAUUUGAGAAUCUCACCAAUUGGCCGACCGUGGAGGACGCGAACCCUUCCCUGAACCCCAGCCUGCUCAACAUCGGGACGCGGGUCGCGUUCCCUUUGUUUUGCAGGUGCCCUUCGAAAGCGCAAUCGGAGGCAGGACUCAAUUUGUUCAUCACCUAUGUGUGGCAGACUGAUGACCAAGUCUCAACCGUGGCUAGUAAGUUCAAUGCAACCCCAGGUGGUAUCGUAGCAGAGAACAACCAGAACAAUUUCACCUCGGUUAUAGACCAUCCGGUCUUGAUCCCGGUCUCACAAUUGCCGAUUCUCUCACAGAAUUACAGCUCCAUCCCUAGCAAACGUCGCACAAACCAUCGAUGGCUUCUCGUGAUCGUGACCAGUUCGGUCUGCACUGUUCUGGUUUUCCUCUUGGGGAUCUCUCUGGUCUGUACGCAUAGCAAGCCCAAGAAAGAGAAGGCCCUAGAUCGAAACGGCUCGUGGCUAGAGACCUCCGAUCUGAUUCAAGCGAAGGAGUUCGCUAGGUCCAAGAGUUUCGAGCAAAAGGCCCCGCAGGAUAAGUUGCUCCCAGGUGUUUCGGGCUAUUUGGGCAAGCCAAUAAUGUACGAUGUGAGAGCGAUCAUGGAGGCGACAGCGGACCUCAGCGAACAUUGGAAGAUCGGGAAAUCGGUCUUCCGGGCCAACAUCGAUGGCGAAAUUCUAGCAAUUAAAAAAGUCAAGGACGAAUCUUCAGAAGAAGUGAAAAUUCUGCAGAGGGUUUAUCACGCCAAUCUGGUUAAACUAAUGGGUGUUGCAUCCGACAUUGAUGGUCCUUGCUUCUUGGUGUAUGAGUAUGUCCACAACGGGCCACUCAGCAAGUGGCUGCACCAGAAAUGCACGUCGUCAUCAGGGUCAGUAGUCCUCAUGUGGAUCCAGCGGCUCCGUAUUGCCCUGGACGUUGCAAACGGCCUGCAAUACCUGCACGAGCACGCCCAGCCGAACAUCGUCCACGGGGACAUCAGGGCGAGCAACGUACUCCUGGAUUCGACGUUCAAGGCCAAAAUAUCCAACUUCUCAAUGGCAAAGCCGGCCACGAGCUCGGCGGAGCUAAAGGCGGACACCUUCGCGUUCGGGGUCGUGCUGCUUGAGCUGCUCUCGGGGAAGAAGGCGAUGGGAAUGAAGGACAGCGGUGAGAUCGGGAUGUUGUGGAGAGAGAUAAGGGAGGUUUUGGACGUUGAUGAUGGUGAUAGAGCGAAGAGGGAGGAGAGGCUCAGGAAGUGGAUGGAUCCGAACAUGGAGGGGUCUUUCCCCAUGGAGGGUGCGCUGAGCUUGGCUUGUCUGGCCAGGACAUGUACGGUGGAGAGGCCGUGUUCGAGGCCGAGCAUGGCCGAGAUCGUGUUCAACCUCUCUGUGCUCACUCACUCGUGUGCCGAGAACUUGGUAGGGUCUUGGGCUUCUCCUAGGUUGGAAGACGAAGAGGUCGUUCGGAUCAUCAGUCCGAUCAAAGCUCGUUGAUUCAGGAUCGCAAUCCGAUGAACUAUAUAAGUUCAUGAAUGUACAUAUUUCUCUUUUUCAUAGCCUAAAGCGGAUGUUCUGUGAAUCUAUUUCAGCUUGCGUUUUCUUCAAUGAAAGGUUAUGUAUGAC